AUGCAGGAGUUGAGCGACAAGGUCCCCAGCAAGAUUGCUCAUGAUCCGAAGGGCCUGCCGCCUCAACGCACGCCGCUCAAGCGGUUCGUGUCUAAGCUGUUGACAUGGCCCGAGCAAUUGUAUUUUUACCACCGUUUUCAAGAGGACCAGCAUAGAGAGGGUGACGAGAGUUCUCCGAGUCUUAAAAAGGUGUCGCAUUAUCUCGCCGGCAGGUGGGCAGCGAAAGAAGCCGUUCGCAAAGCUUGCGAACAUCUCGGCCACUCCAACGGUUUCCACUCAAUCAUUAUCCUGCCUGAGACCGCAUUGCCGAAACUAUCGCCAGGAGCGUCCUCCCGCCCGCAAGCCCUAGUCCUGCGCGACCGCCUCCCCGAGCUAUCGCAGAUCGACCUCGAAAAGACGAUGGCUGGUGCAGCAGACUUCGACUAUACUUCCCUUGAUGGUCAGCUAUGCGAAGUGAGCAUAAGUCAUGAUGCGAAAUACGCCACCGCAGUUGCCCUUGUGCCAGUGGUGGAAGAGUGGCAGUCACAGGCUGUAACGUCAAAGGUCUAG